UCCGUAGGUGAGGAGAAGGCUUAACCUCCUUCCAUCAUUCGUCAGGGAGGGAGGCGUACAGACACAGAGACCACCAAGGCGCCGCCGGUUGCGUCUCCUCCUUGGCUGAGAUUAAACUCACUGGACUCUUGCAACUCUUCUUAUUUAUUUGCAAAAUCUAAACAAUGCAGCUAGAGAACAUCCUUCCCAGCGCCAGCAUCAAUUUGCCCAAGACCUUUUACAACCUUUCGUCGUCGGACAGCGCCAACAACAGCCCGAGGCCAUCAUCUCAACUUGAAUACCAAGAAGUCGACCGGACCGAAUCAGAGUCGAGCAGCGCCCCUAAGAAAUACCUGAGCGGGGUUGGGAACGGGAUGCUGGCGGAGGCGGAGGGGGACACUUUCAGCAAAACUGGGCCCGAUGGGAGGAAAGGCUCCCCGGUGCUCGGUGAGGACGAGCUGACGAGCGGUCGGCGUUACAACAUAGACGAACUUGGCUCUGACAGAUACUUCAUCUCAUCGUCCCAAGCGAGUUCCGACAUGGCGAGUCCCUGUUCCCUGUUCCCUUACGCAGGACAGACCGGCUCCGUGUACACCGGGACCAGCAGCUCCAGGUACCCUGCCUCUCUGCAUUACGGAUCAGUCCUGCCGCCCACGGGCUUCUCCUCCUCGUCCGUGUGCACCGGCCGGAGCCAGUUUAGCAGCGGAGGGUACCAGUUCAGCCAGGGGCCCGGCUGUUUAUACCCCUCCUAUCCCGGGACGGGGACUGGCAUCGGGUCCAUGUCUCUGCCGGGUUCUGCGGCCGGAGCCAGAGCUCAGGUCUAUCUGUGCAACCGGCCUCUGUGGCUCAAAUUUCACCGGCACCAAACCGAGAUGAUCAUAACCAAACAGGGCAGGCGGAUGUUCCCAUUCCUCAGUUUCAACAUCACUGGACUCAACCUCACGGCCCAUUACAACGUCUUUGUAGAAAUUGUUUUGGCUGACCCGAAUCACUGGCGCUUUCAAGGAGGGAAGUGGGUCACUUGUGGAAAAGCAGACAACAAUAUGCAAGGUAAUAAAAUGUAUGUUCAUCCUGAAUCUCCAAACACUGGUGCUCAUUGGAUGAGGCAAGAAAUCUCUUUUGGAAAAUUGAAGCUGACCAACAAUAAAGGAGCCAACAACAAUAACACACAGAUGAUAGUUUUGCAGUCUCUUCAUAAAUACCAACCGCGACUUCACAUUGUGGAGGUGACAGAAGAUGGAGUCGAGGACAUGAGCAACGAGGCCAGAACUCAAACCUUCACUUUUCCUGAGAACCAGUUUAUAGCCGUCACCGCUUACCAGAACACAGAUAUCACACAACUGAAGAUAGAUCACAACCCAUUUGCAAAAGGCUUCCGGGACAAUUAUGACUCGAUGUACACAGCUCCAGAAAGUGACAGGUUGACUCCAUCCCCUACAGACUCUCCUCGCUCCACCCAAAUUGUGCCCGGGGCCCGUUACGCCAUGCAACCCUUUUUUCAGGACCAGUUUGUCAACAACCUGCCUCAGAACCGCUUCUACGCCAGUGAACGGGCUGUUCCUCAGACCAACAGCCUUCUGUCGCCGCAGAGCGAGGAUGCCAGCUCAGCCGCCUCUGCCCAGCGCUGGUUUGUCCCCCCAGUCCAGCAGCCAGGCACAAACAAGCUGGAUCUGUCCUAUGAGAAUGACUAUUCCACCAGUAGCCUGCUGUCCUACGGCAUCAAGCCCCUGUCCCUGCAGACGUCCCACGCCCUCAGCUACUACCCAGACUCGGCUUUUGCGUCCAUGGCUGCAGGGUGGGGCACCAGAAGCACUUAUCAGCGCAAGAUGACCACAGGCCUGCCCUGGUCCCCCCGUCCCAGCCCUCCAGCCUUUCCGGAGGACCAGCUGGGGGCUACUAAAGACAAGCUCCUGGAAGAAACUGCUCCCCCGGCUUCUACCUGGAUCGAGACAUCCCACUCGCUGAAAUCAGUGGACUCUACCGAUUCAGGUGUUUACUCCAUGGUCUGCAAGAGGCGUAGGAUGUCCCCCGGGGGCUCAAGCACAGAGAACUCCCCAACCAUCAAGUGUGAGGACUUGACUACGGAGGAGUACAACAAGGACAACCCAAAAGGCAUGGGUUAUUAUGCAUUCUACACAAGCCCCUAAGACUGUAUUUAUUAAAACUAAAUAUAAAUCUUUUGUUUAUUACUGAGUGCUCUCCAUUCCUUGUUAAUGUCUUUUUUCUCUUUUCUCUAAAGGUGCCAAAGCUUAGUGUUCCCCCAAGCAAGCUGCACAAGGUUAUUUUCCCAGGCCAGCCCCUCUCACAUACCUGAGCAGAAACAUGCAUAGUGAUUGUUGUUUUUGAAAAAAAAAAAAGAAAAAAAAGAAAAAAAAGCAUGUCCCUUUUUAAAAUUUCUUUCACAAUAUUUUAUUUUAUUUUUUUUUACAAAUGUGAUUUUUUUUAAAAAAUUUUUUCCUCCUUCCUGCGUAUUUAAGUCAUUUUUGUUGUACAGUAUUCGUGCACUUUAGAAUGUGAUGUAUCUUGUACAAAUUGUCUUCAUGGAGGUGUUAUUAAAUGGGUAAUAAAAACAGC